AUCGUUCAUGGAAGGCACAGCAACCGAAGUAUACAUCUAAUCUCGGGAAGCCAUCAAAGAACCCAAAACAACAAUGCUUGUAGCCAGACAAAAAACCAAUCACCAAGAACCCUCCAAAACCCAUGAGCUCCAUCCAAACACUGCUCAAAACCCUCUUCAAGAACCCCAGCACCAUUAAAUCCCAGUCCCAGGCCAAACAGCUCCAUGCCCAAAUCCUCAAAACCAAAGGCCCUUCACCUCCUGACCUGUCCUUUGUGCUCUCUGUUUACUCAAACUUGAACCUCUUACAUGACUCCCUCACUCUCUUCAACACCUUCCAUUCUCCUCCCACCACUCUUGCAUGGAAGUCCAUUAUUAGAUGCUACACUUCCCAUGGCCUCUGCCGCCAUUCCUUGGCUUCCUUUGUAGAAAUGAAGGCUUUUGGCAUAUACCCAGAUCACAAUGUGUUCCCUUCUGUGCUUAAAUCAUGCACAUUGAUUAAGGACUUGAGGUUUGGUGAGUCAGUUCAUGGGUGCAUUGUUCGGUUCGGUAUGGAUUGUGAUUUAUAUACAUGUAAUGCUCUUAUGAAUAUGUACGCCAAGUUAGAGGCUUUGGCUGAGACUGGUGGGUGGAGGUUUAGUGCGCCCAAGUUGUUUGAUGGAAUGCCUCAACGAAAUCAAGUUAGUAAAUUUGGGAUGGACAGCGUGAGAAAGGUCUUUGACUUGAUGCCAAAAAGAGAUAUUGUUUCCUGGAAUACAGUGAUUGCGGGGAAUGCACAGAAUGGGAUGUAUGAAGAAGCUUUAGCAAUGGUCAAAGAUAUGGGGAGUGCCAACUUGAAGCCUGAUUCUUUCACUUUGUCUAGCGUCCUUCCAGUUUUUGCAGAAUAUGUAGAUGUUAUCAAGGGAAAGGAGAUUCAUGGGUAUGCAAUAAGACAUGGGUUUGAUGCAGAUGUAUUCGUAGGGAGUAGCUUAAUUGACAUGUAUGCAAACUGCAAUCGAAUUAAAGAUUCGCUUCGGGUGUUCAACCUGCUUCCUAAGCAUGAUGCCAUUUCAUGGAACUCAAUCAUUGCAGGUUGUGUGCAGAAUAGUAUGUUUGAUGAAGGACUGAUAUUCUUUCGGCAGAUGCUGAUGGGUAAGAUUAAGCCUGUGCCGGUAUCCUUUUCAAGUACCAUUCCAGCUUGUGCUCACUUGACAACACUUCAUCUAGGGAAGCAGCUCCAUGGAUAUAUAAUUAGGGGCGGAUUUGAGGACAAUGUGUUCGUAGCGAGCUCACUGGUGGACAUGUAUGCCAAAUGUGGUAACAUUAGGAUAGCGAGGUGGAUUUUUGAUAAAAUGGAGCAACAUGACAUGGUGUCAUGGACAGCCAUGAUUAUGGGAUAUGCUUUGCACGGUCAUGCCCCUGAUGCUUUUUCCUCAUUUGAGCAGAUGGAAGGAGAGGCAGUAAAACCUAACUAUGUCUCCUUCAUGGCUGUAUUGACUGCAUGUAGCCAUGCUGGAUUGGUAGACAAAGCUUGGAAGUAUUUUAAUAGUAUGACUAAAAAAUAUGAUAUUGCUCCUGGUAUAGAGCACUACGCUGCUGUUGCAGAUGUUCUUGGUAGAGCUGGAAGGUUGGAGGAAGCUUAUCAGUUUAUCUCUAGCAUGCAUAUAGAACCAACAGGAAGUGUAUGGUUAACAUUGUUGGCUGCUUGUAGAGUUCACAAGAAUGUUGAAUUGGCUGAGAAGGUUGCUGAUAAAAUAUUUACAGUUGAUCCUGAGAACAUGGGAGCUUAUGUGCUGUUGUCAAACGUAUAUUCUGCUGCUAAGAGAUGGAAAGAUGCAGUGAAAGUGAGAACCUGUAUGAGGGAUAAGGGCUUGAAAAAGAAGCCAGCCUGCAGCUGGGUUGAAGUUAAAAACAAGGUUCAUGCUUUUGUGGCAGAAGAUAAAUCCCACCCAUAUUAUGAUCGAAUAAUUGAGGCUCUAGAUGUCAUUUCGGAGCAGAUGGAACGAGAAGGGUAUGUGCCCAACACAAAUGAGGUGCUCCAUGAUGUUGAGGAGGAGCAAAAGAAGUACUUAUUGUACCACCACAGUGAAAGGCUUGCCAUAGCAUUUGGCAUCAUCAGCUCUCCUGCUGGGGCAACAAUUCGAGUAACAAAGAACAUUCGGGUGUGCGUGGACUGCCAUGCAGCAAUAAAAUUUAUGUCGAAGAUCGUCGGGAGAGAGAUGAUUGUCAGGGAUAAUAGCAGGUUUCACCAUUUCAAGGAUGGAGAGUGUUCCUGUGGAGAUUACUGGUGAGAUAAACAAUGAGAUCAUGCCAACUUAAUUAAAGGCAUCUUUUGCCAGACUCGUAGUCAUUGACACAUUUAGGACAAGAGGAGGAAUGUUUAGGGAGCAACUCAAAUUAGGUAGAUUAUUUUUUUGCAGUCAUAAUCUGUACAAAAAAUUGAGU